UCUUCUGCAGCGAGGGUAUAUGACAAUUUUAUCGUCCCAACAUGUUCUGAUAUAUCGUGUGGAGGAACUUCUUUGAAUCGGACAGGUAAAAACAUCAUUUUGUUCGAAGGAAAAUUAAAGAAGGGCUCCGUCGUGUCCCUUGAGAGAACAAAAUGUUUACCUUUUCAUUCGAUAUAUAACCACUUCGGGCAGGACGACGAAGCAAUUCUCUUCUUGUUCGUCGUUUCUCUGCCCAAUUUAAAUGCUGAGAUCCACCUUCUUCAAUCGCGCUCUCUCCCUCUCCUCUUGUUCCAUUCCCUGCGUACUGCCUCGCUGCAGGGCCUACCUUCUCCGCCGCCCACCAACUGUUUGUGCCUAUUCCUCAUCGGCAUCGCCGCCACCAACCUCCGCUUACGUGCAUCUCCCCUUCUGCCGCAAGCGCUGUUACUACUGCGACUUCCCCGUCGUCGCCCUCGGCUCCUCCGCCCACCCUGAUGCUGACCCCAGAGUCUCCAGUUACGUCCGCCUCCUUCUCCGUGACAUUGCCGCCACAAAACCCCCCGUUUCAGACUCAGACGAACACCCGCCCCUUCAGACCGUGUUCUUCGGCGGAGGCACGCCCUCGCUGGUACCGCCGACCAUCAUCUCGUCGAUUCUCGACGCGCUGAGUGUGAAAUUUUCCUUCUGCGAAAGCCCGGAAGUGUCGAUCGAAAUGGACCCUGGAACGUUCGACAAGGAAAAGCUGGCGCAGAUGCUUGAACUGGGAGUGAAUCGGGUGUCUCUCGGAGUUCAGGCCUUCCAGGAGGAGCUUCUGAAUGCUUGCGGGAGAGCCCAUGGCUUGAAGGAGGUCUAUGAAGCUAUAGAAAUGGUCACAAGCUGCCCUAGCCUUCAGAAUUGGAGCAUGGACCUCAUCUCAUCCCUGCCUCAUCAAACUCGAGAUAUGUGGGAAGAGAGCUUGAGAUGCGCCAUUCACGCUCGGCCUACGCAUCUUUCAAUCUAUGACUUGCAAAUCGAGCAAGACACAAAAUUUGGGCAAUUGUAUUCUCCAGGGGAGUUUCCUUUGCCCACAGAGUCGCAGUCUGCCCAAUUUUACAAGAUUGCUUCUCAAAUGCUUUCAGAAGCAGGUUAUAACCACUAUGAGAUCAGUAGUUACUGUUUGGAUGGGUAUGAGUGCAAGCACAAUCUUACCUAUUGGGGCAACAGAUCUUUCUAUGGAUUCGGUCUAGGAUCUGCAAGCUACAUAAACGGCAUGAGGUUCUCACGGCCAAGAAGAUUGAGGGAAUAUACAGAAUGGGUGCAAAAGUUGGAAGAAGGAACAAAGUAUCAUGACUUUCAUGUUGACGCAAAGGAAAUGGCGAUGGAUGUGAUGAUGCUAUCACUGAGAACUGCAAGAGGUCUCGACUUGAGGAGCUUUGCUAGAUCCUUUGGGAGGAGACUAGUACAUUCUCUGUGCGAAGGCUUGAAGCAGUAUGUGGAGAGUGGGCAUGUGAUUGCCAUGGAUGAUGAUAGAAACUUAUUGACUUACCAUGAAUUUGAGUUGAAGACCAGGGAGGAGGACGGAGUUGCAUUCAUUCGUCUAAGUGAUCCGGAUGGUUUCCUCUUGUCCAACGAGUUGAUAUCUAUUGCCUUUGGGAUCAUAUCUCCAUGACAUCCUUCAUCAAACAGCAGCUGUGUAACGGUAUAUUUUUGGUUCACGUCAUCCACUGAACUAGAAUAUUGUUUUGAUCUCAGAAAGUAUUAAAUUGAUAUUUAUGCUUUUUUAAAACCAUGACCUUUGGUUUCUGCUC